AUGAUUAUAUUGGAAAAGCCCAUAGAGAAAGAGAGAAAAAAUGAUGGUAAUAAAAAGAUGAUUGAAGAUAUGAGAUCUCCAAGGAAGUAUGAAAGGAUAGGGGAGUGGAGACAGAUGAAACAGGAGGAAACCUAUUUCACUAAGCUUUGCAGCAAAGGGGCAGCUCUGGGAAAACCAUUUGAAGCAUCUGCUGAAGAUAUAGCAAGUGUGGCAAGUUUCAUUGAGACAAAGCUUGUUACGUGCUAUCUACGCAUGAGGAAACCCGACCUUGCCCUGAAUCAUGCACACAGGAGCAUUGUUUUAAACCCAGCUUAUUUCCGAAAUCAUCUUCGCCAGGCAACAGUGUUUAGAUGUCUGGAGAGAUAUUCAGAAGCUGCCCGGAGUGCCAUGAUUGCUGACUACAUGUUCUGGCUCUGUGGAGGAAGUGAACAGUGUAUAAGCAAGCUCAUCAAACUGUAUUGGCAGGCCAUGAUUGAAGAAGCCAUCACCAGAGCGGAAUCGUUCUCAGUUAUGUAUACACCAUUUGCAACAAAAAUCAGAGCUGAUAAAAUAGAAAAAGUAAGAGAGGUUUUCACAAAAACUCAUCCUGCAUAUGUGGAAUAUAUCUACACAGAUCUUCAAGGACUCCACAUAUUGCCUCAGACAGUUGACUGGUCAUCUUUUCCUCCCCAACAAUAUCUCUUGACCCUUGGGUUCAAAAACAAAGAAGAUGGGAAAUUUUUGGAAAAAUUAUCAAGUAGGAAGCUGCCUACAUUUACAGAACAUAAAACUCCCUUCAGUCUGCUGACCAAAGAAGACACAGUGAGACACAUGGAGACAAUGGGGAAGCGAAUCUUGCCAAUGUUGGAUUUUAUUAGAAGCACCCAAUUGAAUGGGAGUUUCCACGGGUGCUCAGGUGUGAUGGAGAAGUUGCAAUACGCCAGCCUCCUCAGCCGACUGCAGAGAGUAAAGGAGCAGUCCCAGGUGAUCAAUCAAGCAAUGGCGGAGCUAGCAACUAUUCCCUAUCUACAGGACAUCAGUCAACAGGAGGCGGAAUUGCUGCAGUCACUAAUGGCAGAUGCUAUGGACACCCUUGAAGGAAAAAGAAAUGACAAAGAACGUGUGUGGAAUACAAUCCAGAAGGUUGGACGAAUUGAAGACUUCCUAUACCAAUUAGAGGACAGUUUCUUAAAAACUAAAAAACUGAGAACUGCUCGAAGGCAAAAAACCAAACUGAAGCGGCUUCAAACCAUGCAGCAAAGCUAGUCACUGGGGGGCAGGUGCUACCAUCAAGAGGUCCCAGAGGAAGGGGCAGUGGCCUCCUGCUGGCUUGACUGUGGCAGUCCAGUAACAAAGGCCUACCCCUUGGCUCAUCUUUACAAAGGGAUUCUAUACUUCAUUCAUCUCGA